AUGGGUGCGUACAAAUACAUCGGCGAACUCUACAAGAAGAAGCAGUCGGAUGUCCUCCGCUUCCUGCUCCGCGUUCGUUGCUGGGAGUACCGCCAGUUGAACGUUAUCCACCGCGCAACCCGCCCCUCGCGCCCCGACAAGGCUCGCCGCCUCGGAUACAAGGCAAAGCAGGGCUACGUCAUCUACCGUAUCCGUGUCCGCCGCGGCAACCGCAAGAAACAGGUUCCCAAGGGUGCGACCUACGGCAAGCCUGUUCGCCAGGGUGUCAACCACCUCAAGUUCCAGCGUAGCUUGAGGAGUACGGCGGAGGAGCGUGUCGGCCGUCGUUGCGGUAACCUCCGUGUGCUCAACUCGUACUGGAUCAACCAGGACGGUGUGUACAAGUACUACGAGGUCAUCGCAGUCGACCCCAACCACAAGGCGAUCCGCCGGGACCCGAAAAUCAACUGGAUUGCAGACCCCGUACACAAGCGCCGCGAGGCUCGUGGUCUCACCGCGAUCGGCAAGAAGAACCGCGGCAUUGGCAAGGGUCACCUGCACAACAAGAGCCGCCAGUACUCGACCUGGAAGAAGCACAACACCUUGUCGCUUCGUCGUUACCGGUGA